AUGCAGUCUCUACGAGUUCUAUCAAGGCUACCGGCAUCUCGCAUCGGCCUGCGAUCAACCCAGGCAUACACCCAGCUGCGCACAGCGACGAGCUCGUCCACAUCAUCCGCCUCCGGACCCGCGCGCAAGAGCGUCACCAUCGCCAAUGACACAGGGCGAGUUCCUUGGUCUGAGUUGUCAUGGAAAGAAAGAGGAGCACGCACAACACAACAAUCAGCAAACUUUGCUGUCGUCAUCCUCGGCCUCGUCAUGACUGGCGGUGUAGCGACCGUUCUCUGGCUGGAAGUCUUCAGCAGCGACAGCAAAACCGCCGUCUACAACCGCGCCUUCGAACGCGUCAGGACCGAUCCUAAAUGUAUAGAUAUCCUUGCUGGAAGAGGAAAGGGUGGAGAGAUUGAGGCUUGGGGAGAAAACGCUGUGCGCAACAGUCGCUUUGCGAGAGAUCACAUUUCCUCGAAAUCUGAAACGGACGGUAUCGGAACGACACACAUGCGGAUGCACUUCCACGUUGGUGGCUCACUAGCCGUGGGCACCGUCAAUGUGCACAUGACGAAACGCAGGGACGAAAGUGACUUCAAGUACCAUCACCUAGCUCUGGAUGUACCUGGUCACGAACGCAUUUGGCUCGAGAAUGCAGAGGCUUGGAAACUCGACAAAAGAGCAUCAGGCAAGAUGUUCGGUGUAAGAUGGUGGUGA